AUGACAACAAAGGCAAAAGAGAAAACAGAGACUGAAGAAUUGCCAGAUGUCAUUCUCUUAAAAAAGGUAUUCUAUAAAAGGCAAAAAUCAUUCAUUUCAGCACUCCAAGAAACGUUAUAUCAUAUAUCACACGAUAAAGUUGUCAGAGAAAUCUUACAGAAUAAAUGCACAGCACAAUUUUUAGCAGAUAGAGUGAGUGAAGUCUUUAAUGCUUCUCUAAAUAACGAAAGAAAUAGUUUUACAACAUCGUUAUAUAAAAAAGUUCAGCUAAUUGAAAAUUUUUAUCUUUCAAAACAUAUUGAUAAGCUUAAAGACAUCGAAUCAAAACUUAUGGCCGCUACAAACGAACAAAAUACAGACGAACAACAUCAUAUGAAACAAAUUGUUGCAUUGACUGAACAAGUUAAAGCUCUUCAAGAUGAAAUUGCAACUAUCCAUUCACUAGAAGUUGAAAAAGUAGCAGAAAUCAAAGAAAAAUCUCAACAAAAAAUUUCAAUUUUGAAAGAUCCAACUCAUAUUUAUUCUAACAUCGAUUUAACAGACAUGAUGACAAAGGUGAAGCUUAUUCAAGCAGAAUCUGAUGCAAUGCAGCGCGUUGCACACGUAUUCUUUAAAAAUACACGAUCUUUGUUUAAAUAUCUUAAAAAUAGUAUGCUAAAGCGAAUUGAUAUACUGGAAAAGGAGAAAACGUCACUAUUGGAUCAAAUUAAACUUAUGAAAAACGAUGUUGAAGCUUGCAAACAAAAUUAUGAAGAAACAAUCAUACCUGCCAUCAAAAAAGACCUAGAAAUACAGCUUAAUAACCAAGUAAACAUUAAUAAAAAAUACAAUGAACAGAUAAAUUACUUACAGAAUGAAUUAUUAACUCUUAAUUUACAAUUUCAGCAAGUUCAACCGGAAACAUUGCAAUUAAAGUCACAAGUAAAAGCACUUGAAGAUAAAUUACAACUUAGUGAUAAAGAAAUUGCAAAUUUGCAAACAGAACUUCGUAGAGAAAAAGAAUAUUCACAAAAAAUAAACGAAGACUUGCAAAUGAAGAGUUCGAUGCUUGAUAAAGUACAACUCGAAAAGACAACAGCAGAAUGCGAAAGAAUGCUAUUACAACAAAGUAAUUCAAAAUAUUCAAAUCAAAUUAACGAAAAAGAAGCCCAAUUGCAAAAAGUUAUUGAUGAACUUGGAGUAUAUAGAAGAAAACUACCAGAAAUAGAUGAUAAACGCCAAAGUCUUGAAAAAGAUUUACAAAAUUCAAAUAAUGAGAAUAAUUUACUCCAAGAAAGGAUUAAUCGUUUGGAACCAGAGCUGCAGCAUGCAAAACGUCAAGUUGAUACAUUAAAAGAGAAAUUAAUUAAACUGAAAAAUUCUCAUGAUUCAACUGUCAAAGAAAACGCAAACAACGCUGAUUUAAUUAUUCAGCAUGAAAAUACAAUCUCAAACAUGAGUGAUGAACUUGACCGUGUUAAGAAUUUACUUGCAGAAACUGAAAAGAAAGCAUCCGAUCUUCAAUCAAACUUCAAAUCUCAAAGUGAACAACUCAAACAAUCACAAGAAAACGCAGAAAAAUUCGAACAAGAGAAGGAAAAACUCCAAAAAGAUGUUACUGAACAACAAAUGCUAAUUUCCACACAAAAAGCAAAGCUCGAGUUUCUCAACGAUUCCAAUGAGAAAUUAACUCAAAAACAAGCAGAAUUAGAGAAGCAAAAAGAGCAAUUGGAGCAAGAAAACAGAAAGAUAACAACAGAUAUAACACAAGUAAAGUCACAACUAAGAGAACACAAAGAAAAGAACGACGUAAAUUCCCAAAAAGUUGCAAAACUUCAAACAGAAGUUGGAAAACUCAAAGAUGAUUUGCAACAAGCGAAGAAAGAGGCACAACAAGCAAUAUCAACAGCAGAAGAAGCCAAGCGUAAACAAGAAGAUCUUGAUGCACAAAAUGCUGCAUUAUUGGAACAAAAUACAGUUUUGCAAGAAGAAAACGAAGAUUACAAAAAGAAAAUUGUUGAUGGAAACCUUCUUAAUGUCCAACUUACAGAAAGCAAUGAAAGAAAUAAAGCUUUAUCAUCACAAUGUAAUUCAUUACAGAAGCAGUUGUUGGAUCUUGCUUCAAUUUCAAGAGAUACAAAAGCUUUGGUUGAUGAAGUUCAAAAACAUAUUCAAUUCAAGAAUGCUUCUGAACUAUCGAAUAAAUUGAAUGAUUUGCAAAAUGGUUUCAAUCUUUCCAAGCAAAUUCUUCAAGCUGUGAACGCAGAAAAUCCAGAAGCAUGCAUUGCAACUGUCAAUGACAUGAAGAAGAGCCAUGCUGCUCUUCAAAGAAUACAAGCAGCAAUGCCCAGUGUUGGUAUCAAUGAAAUUGUUGCGCAAAUCGAACCUCAAAAAGCAGAAAUUGACAGAUUAAAUGCAGAGCAGAAAAGAAUAUUCGAAAUGCUCUCUGCAGAACCAAAUGUUGAUAUCUCUAAAACAAUACAAGAUCUGCUUUACCAACAAAGACAUGUUGGAGAACAACUUGUCUCCGCAUCCGAUUUCAUUUCUGAGGUAUUAAAUAUUGUUACUGGUUCUUCAUCUGGAACAAGUUUAGUUUUCCCUCUCAGAAAUGAUGAAAGGAAGAAAUUGAUUGAAUUAGUAUCAAGAAUUAAGAAGAGAUUUGAUGAUGACCAUCAAACCGUUGAUACAAUUGUUGAAAGAGGAAGAGCAAGAGGUUAUGUUGGAAAUAAUGCUAUUGAAGCAGCAGAGUUUGGUAGUGUUAUGAUAGAUGAUGAUGACAAGUCAAAGAAGUCUUUUAAUCGACUCAAAGAAACUAUUACUAAGAAAUACGAAGCAUCUUCAAGAAGAGAAGAAGAACUUCUCCAAGAAAAUGCAAAACUAAGAACGAUUGUUGGCUCGAUGUCAAAUAAAUAA